AUGGAAGAGAAGGUGGCUCAACUUGAAGAUCUUGUUCAGGGGUUGGGGGAGAGCACACACUUGGUGGCGGAGCAGGUGCGACGAGUUCGCGCCGAUGAAGGCGUACAAUCGGAUGAAUCUGAUUUUGAAGAAGGCGACGAUGACAGCGAAGAUGAGCAAGGGGAGCAGGAGAAGAACAAGCUGCUCCUGAAGCUCGAACACAUUCGAGAUAAUCUCAAGGAGGCAAUUCGAAAAGGCAAGGAGGAGCGGACCACCAAGCUCGCCCGCCUCUACGAGCGCCGAUUUGAGCUGGAGCAGCUCAACGCUCAGCUCGCUGCAGACGAUCACGCUCCUCUCGCCCCCGCUCCACGAUGCAAAUCAUCGUGGCUCCUCCAUCUGAUCGGUGCAGUCUUCUUCGGCACGGCCCUUGUGGUGGCGCUCGUGAUCGUCGUGGACCACACGUCUCUCUACCACGAACGCGAGCUGGCCAUGCGCUAUCAACACCCGACCUAG